CUCACGCCGCCGACAGUGCCUCCCCAGUGCCAAUCGAGCGUUCAAGAGUGCCACCAUCAGACCCAAGAGGAAGAGUGCCACUACCAAGGAGGAUUCAAGAGAUAUAAGAGGAUUAAAAAUAUUUGAUCCUGAUACUUCAACUAGGAAUACAGUGAUAACGGUAAAGCAAGAGGAAAGCAAGAGGAACAAGGAGAUAAUAAUGGUCCAAGAGGUAUCAAGAGUAAUGAAGACUUAGUGAUUGAAAAGAGAAUAUCUGCACUGCCAAGAGGAACAUUCAAGAAAUUUCAAGAGUACCAAGAGGAAGAGGUGUCCGAGAGGAGUGUGAGAGAGGAAGGAAGAAGAGGCUCAUAUUACCAGUGCCAAGGAUGCGGCUGAGGCGGUUGGUGGUGGCGGUGGUGGUGGUGGCGGGGUGCCUGCUUCCCCUGGCACCUCCAGCUGAGGGUCUCUUUGGCACUGCCCUUACAGCUGCCACGCUCAGUUCCGGCGCCCUCGCUACCCUGGGCCUACUGGGGGCUGUGGGCAUUGGUGUGGCCCUCAAGAAGAAAUUCUACGGCGGGUAUGGCGGGGGGUACCGUGGCGGCUAUGGGGGCUACAACAAGGGGCACUAUGGGGGGGGCUACGGGUAUGGGAAGGGGCAUGGAGGCGGGUAUGGUAAGGGAAGCUAUGGGUAUGGUGGCAGUAGUUACAGUGGGUAUGGGAGUCACGAGGUGGGGUAUGGGCACAGUGGAGGUGGGUAUGGGCACAGUGGAGGUGGAUAUGGCAACAGUGGAGGUGGAUAUGGGCACAGUGGAGGUGGAUAUGGCAACAGUGGAGGUGGAUAUGGCAACAGUGGAGGUGGGUAUGGUGGGUAUGGUAGCGGGGAGCACGGCCAUGGUGGGUAUGGGGGAUCUGGUAGUGGGUAUGGGGGGGGCUCUGGGGGUGGAUAUGGGGGGGGAUUCAUUAAUGGCGGGCAUGGGGGUGGGUUCGGUGGGGGUGACAGUUUCGAAGUGGGUCAUGGCGGGGUUGGGGGUGGGUACGGUGGGGGUGGGGCGUAUCCCGUGCCCCUUGGACAUGCCAGACGCCGCCGGGAUGUGCAGAACAAAAGCAGCGAGAACAAGGACUGGAAGAAGGGAGAGACUGAAGAACUGAAGGCAGAACAGAAACACAAACUUGAGGGAGCUAAGGAGGGAGAGAAGGGGGAGGAGGAGGAGGAGAAGGAGGAGGAGGAGGAGGUGGAGCUGCUGCUGGGGGAGGACCAUUUGGGGUGUGCUCGUAUGCUUGUGUGUGAGUUGGCUUCCCGCUCCCCUGGUCUCCUCCCGCCCCCCCAUCAGGCAGUGCUUUCCUUCGUCAGAAGCGAAGGCAGCAAGAAUCUGAACAUGAAGCCUGGAGACGACCAAGCGAACCAGCGUGAAGCAGCUUCGGGCAUGGCAAGGCUGUGGAGGGCAUCAGAGGAAGGGAGAGGAGGUGCCCAGUGCUCCAAACUUUACCCUAAGUGCCCCUUCACUGCCAAUGGGGUCAUGGAGGUCGUGAGAGAGGUCGCCGAAGCCCAGUGAAGCAUUUGUUCGAAGCUUCACAUGUGGUUCGAGACGGUGGAUUAAAUUAAGCUCUAUUUCUCGUUACUAUCUCUCAGGUUAAGAGGUUUUAUAUUUUUCUGUAAGUUAUGUUUUUCAGAGUUUUAUAUAUAUUUUUUUUUUUCUGUCUCUCAGCUAAGGGCAUGUUUUGCAUUUUUAUAUUAAGUUAAGUAUGUUUUCAAAUAGAGUGACGGCGUGUAUAUAAGUGUGUGUGUUGUGGAUGAUCUAGCUAAUAAAAGUGUAGUUGUAACAGU